GAACUUGAAAGGAAAAUUACAAUCAUGGAAAAAGGAAAAGAUAAUGAAAGAGAAAGAGAGAAAUUACAGGAAGCAAACAACUCAUCGAAAAACAGAGACAGCAGCUUGGAUUUGUUUUUCUUCCUAUGCGUGUUUGGCCAGAGGGAAAAACUGAAAGGUUCAGCAACAAUAUGAACCCUUAGCACGUGCAAUGGGCUCAAGCCAAGAAAAUCUAAAGAUCUAUUUGCCCUUAACAUCAUUUUGGGCAUUACAUUCUCCCCACCUUAAGAAAUUCGGUCCCCGAAUUUAAAUAAGUGUGUACCUGAAAGCUGAAACAAGUGAGGACACUUGGCUCGCAUGUCUUCCUCUGACUCCCAAGUAGCCUCUUUAACGGUAUGAUUUCUCCAUAAGACUUUUACACACACAAUCUCUUUUGGUCGUAACUUUCUCACUUGUCUAUCAAUAUUAACCACAGGUUCCUCUUCAUAUGUUAAAUUAUCAUCAAGUUACCUCUUUUGCCAAAAUGCAUCACCCUUUCAUAGGAGAGACUCGAAGAAAAACUUUGUCCCCGACUGUGAACGCUAGAUCUCUUCUCCUCUUAUCCGCAUAAGACUUUUGUCUACUUUGAGCUGUGAGCAAUCUCUGUCUUAUCAACUGGACCUUGUCCAUAGCUUCCUGUACCAAGUCUGGUCCCAACACAUUAGCCUCUCCAACUUCAAACCACCCUAUAGGAGAACGACAUCGCCUACCAUACAAGGCAUCAUACGGUGCCAUCUGAAUACUUGACUAAAAGCUAGUGUUAUUGGAAAAUUCAGCUAAAGUCAAAUAAGCAUCCCAACUUCCUCCUAAAUCAAGAAUGCAAGCUCUCAACAUAUCCUCCAAGAUUUGUAUAGUACGCUCAGACUGUCCGUCUGUUUGUGGAUGAAAAGCAAUAUUAAGAUCUACUCGAGUACCCAAUGCCUCUUGGAAGGAUCUCAAGUGAAUUGUUACCCUCUAUCAGAGAUGAUGGAUAUUGGAACCCCGUGAAAUCGAACAAUUUCAUUCAUAAACAUCUGGGCAUAUUUCACUCCACUAAAUAUAGUCUUUACAGGUAAGCAAUGUGCUGAUUUUGUUAGUCGGUCUACAAUCACCCAUAUAGAGUCAUAACCUCUAAGGGUUCCAUAGUAACUCUUUCCCAUUUCUACUCUGGAAUCUGGAUUUCCUGUAGUAAUCUGUGGGUCGUUGAUUCUCUGGUUUAACCUUUUGACAAGUCAAACAACUAAAAACAAAGUUAGCAAUAUCUUUCUUCAUACCUUCCCAUCAAUACACUUGCUUCAGGUCAUGAUACAUUUUAGUGGAACCAGGGUGUAUAGUGUAUCUGGAGUUGUGAGCUUCCUCGAGAAUAACUCGUCUUAGCCCACCCAUGUCUGGUACACAUAACCGAUUUCCUAGUCGAAGCAUACUGUCACAAUCAACAGUCAUCUUCUUACUUUUACCAGCUAUGACCUCAUCUCGAUAUUUGCAAAGCUGCCCAUCGUCAUAUUGAGUAGCCUUAAUGUGCUCUACUAAUGAAUAUUUGGCUUGCACACAAGCUAGUAAUAUAUCUGAAUUUCCCAUCCCACGCUGAGUCUGACACCUGAGCCUUCAAGUUUUUUGCAUAUCCUUUACCAACUGUCUCUUUUCAGGAGCUAUAUGUGCUAAACUGCCCAUAGAUUUUCUGCCUAAUGCAUCAGCCACAACAUUGGCUUUGAGUAGCUCCAUCUAUCGACACUGUCGAAGGUUUAGAUCUCUCUUCUGAAAAAUAUACUUUAAGCUCUUAUGGUCGGUAUAUAUCUCGCGUGUCUCGCCGUAUAAAUAAUGCCUCAAAAUUUUAAGAGCAAAAAUCACUGCAGCCAUCUCCAAAUCAUGUGUAGGAUAGUUCUUCUCUUGCUUCUUCAGCUGCCUAGAACCAUAGGCAAUAACACGACCAUUUUGCAUAAGAACACAUCCUAAUCCCACUCUCGAAGCAUCACAAUAUACAGUGAAUCUUCCAGAACCCGAUGGUAAGGCUUAUAUUGGUGCUGUUGUCAAGCAUGUUUUGAGUUUCUGGAAGCUUUGCUCACAUUCAUCUGUCCACUGGAACUUCACAUUUUUCUGUGUUAGCUUAGUCAAUUGGUCUGCUAUUCUAGAGAAAUCCUGCACAAAACGCCUAUAGUAACUUGUCAAGCCCAAAAAGCUGCGAAUCUCUGUAGGUGAAGCAGGUCUAGGCCAUUUCUGUACAACUUCUGUCUUUUUGGAAUCCACCUUGAUUCCAUCUUUGGAUACCACAUGCCCAAGAAAUGUUACUGAGUCUAGCCAGAAUUCGCACUUUGAGAACUUAGCAUAAAGCUUAUGUUCUCGCAAUGUUUGUAACACAGUUUUCAGAUGCUCCUCGUGUUCUUCCUAGCUACGAGAGUAUAUCAAGAUGUCAUCAAUGAAAACAACACAAACCUGUGUAGAAACGACCUGAAUACCCUAUUCAUUAGGUCCAUGAAUGCAGUUGGAGCAUUGGUUAACCCGAAAGGCAUCACAAGGAACUCAUGGUGCCCAUAUCAAGCUCUGAAUGCUGUCUUGGAAAUAUCUUCCUCCCUGAUUCUAAGCUGAUGAUAGCCAGACCGAAGAUCAAUCUUUGAAAAGUGGACAGCUCCCUGCAAUUGGUCAAACAAGUCCUCUAUAUGAGGAAUCAUUUUCUGCUCUUUGCAAGGACGUUUUCAACGUUCUGGAUUUCAUGGAGAGGUUAAAGAAUGAAGAAGAUCAAAAUGCUGUUGACGUGGUCGAUCAAAUUGAAAAGCUGAAAUCGGAGCUGGCAUUUAUUUGUACAUACAUCCAGCUUUCUUAUUCCGAUUUGGAGCAGUUUGAAGAUAUAAUGACUGUCAAAGGACAAGAGGUUGAGAAUCUGCUUCAAUCAAUUCUGUAUGAUGUUGACAACAACGUCGGGUGUAAAUACGACAUGCAUCAUGUCCUUGCUAGCCUCAGGGUUAAUAUCAGUCAUUGUAUCAGCUCACAUCAUCAUUGUAAAUCAAGUGCCACCAUGCUUGAGGAGCAGUUGAACUUCCUCCUCCUGAAUCUCCAUCAUCUAUCCAAGUUUCUUGCUGAGCAGAAGUUUCCGUUGGUGAAUCAGUAUGAGAUUCUUCAGAAUGUGUGUGGCAACAUGAAAGAUUUCCAUGGGUUGAUAGUGAAUGGUUGCGUUGAGCACGAGAUUGUUGAAUAUGUCUUACCUCAGUUUCAACUCAUGGCUGAGAGAGUAGGACUCUUUCUUUGGAAUGAUCAAAUUGAUGGAGAGUCUCGACUCUUCAAGCUAGCACAUCUACUCAUGAAGAUUAUUCCAAUUGAGUUGGAGGUUAUGAACAUUUGUUUUACAAAUUUGAAAGCUUCAACUUCAGCAGAAAUUGGACGCUUCAUUAAGAAACUCAUGGAAAUCUCUCCGGACAUUCUUAGAGAUUAUCUGAAUCAUCUACAGGAGCACAUGAUAAAUGUUAUUACCACCACUACUUCAGGAGCUCGAAACAUUCAUGUCAUGAUAGAGUUCCUAUUAAUUAUUCUUUCUGAUAUGCCCAAGGACUUUAUUCAUCAUGACAAAUUAUUUGAUCUUUUGGCUCGUGUUGGAGCACUUACCAGGGAGGUAUCGACUCUUUUUCGUGACUUAGAAGAGAAAUUUAGCAACAAAGAGAGUACUGAUGAAACAAAUUGUGCAACCCUAAAGUUGCUGGAAAAUAUUGAACUCCUCAAGCAAGAUCUAAAACAUGUUUAUCUGAAAGUCCCGGAUUCAUCUCAAUGUUGCUUCCCCAUGAGCGAUGGACCUCUCUUCAUGCAUCUGCUACAGAGACACUUAGAUGAUUUGCUGGAUUCCAAUGUUUAUUCAAUUGCUUUAAUAAAGGAAGAAAUUGGAUUGGUGAAAGAAGGCCUAGAAUCCAUAAGAUCAUUUUUUGUGAAUGUUGAGCAAGAAUGGUAUAAAGAUCUCUGGGCACGUGUUUUAAAUGUGGCAUAUGAGGCAAAAGAUGUAAUUGAUUCAAUAAUUGUUCGAGAUAAUGGUCUCUUACAUCUUAUUUUCUCACUUCCCAUUACCAUAAAGAAGAUCAAGCUUAUUAAAGAAGAGGUCUCCGAUUUACACGAGAAGAUUCCCAAGAACAGAGGUCUCGUUGUUGUAAACUCCCCCAAGAAGCUAGUUGAAAGCGAGUCAUCACCGGCUGGUAAAAUAAUUGUAGGUUUUGAGGAGGAGACAAAUUGGAUUAUGAGGAAGCUCACCAGUGGACCUGCAGAUCUAGAUGUGAUUCCGAUCACUGGUAUGCCGGGUUCGGGUAAAACUACUUUGGCGUACAAAGUAUACAAUGAUAAAUCAAUUUCUAGUCAUUUCGACCUUCGUGCAUGGUGCACAGUCGACCAAGAGUAUGACGAGAAGAAUUUGUUGAAUAAAAUUUUUAAUCAAGUUAAUGGCUCUGAUUCAAAAUCGAAUGAGAAUAUUGAUGUUGCUGAUAAGCUACGGAAACAACUAUAUGGAAAGAGGUAUCUUAUUGUCUUAGAUGACGUGUGGGAUACUACUACAUGGGAUGAAUUAACAAGACCUUUUCCUGUAGUUGAGAAAGGAAGUAGAAUUAUUUUGACAACUCGAGAAAAGGAAGUGGCUUUGCAUGGAAAGCGCAACUCUGCUCCUCUUUACCUUCGAUUGCUAAGACCAGAAGAAAGUUGGGAGUUAUUAGAGAAAAGGGCAUUUGGAAACGAGAGUUGCCCUGAUGAUUUGUUGGAUGUUGGUAAAGAAAUAGCCCAAAAUUGUAAAGGGCUUCCUUUGGUGGCUGAUCUGAUUGCUGGAGUUGUAGCAAGGAAGGAAAAGAAAAAAACUGUGUGGCUUGAAGUUCGAAAUAAUUUGAGUUCCUUUAUUUUGAACAGUGAAGUGGAAGUGAUGAAGGUUAUAGAAUUAAGCUAUGACCAUUUACCACAUCACCUCAAGCCAUGCUUUCUUUACCUUGCAAGAUAUCCGAAGGACACUCCAAUGAUAAUCUCUGUGUUGAAAAAUUUAUGGCGUGCUGAAGGACUUGUGGAACAGACACAGAUGAACAGUGUGGAAGAAGUGAUGGAUGUUUAUUUGGAUAACUUAACUUCCAGUAGCUUGGUAAUUCCUUUCAAUGAGAUAGGUGAUGACCCGACUCUUUUACUUCAUGAUCUUGUGCAUGACUUUUGUUUGAUAAAAGCAAGAAAGGAAAAGCUGUUUGACUGGAUAAGUUCAAGUGCUCCAUCUUCUUCAGAUUUGAUGCCACGUAUAGUGACCAUUGAUUAUAACUUUGAGUUAUUGGAGCGUAACGAUUUGGUUCUGUUCGAUUCAAAUAAGAAAAGCCAUUCUGGUAAACACCUCUAUUCUUUGAGGAUAAAUGGAGACAAGCUGUACGACCGUCUUUCUGAUACAUUUCACCUAAGACACUUGAGGCUUCUUAGAGUGUUGGUACUGGAUACCUUUUUAAUGAAGGUGAAAGAUUCUUUGCUGAAUGAAAUAUGCAUGUUGAAUCAUUUGAGGUUCUUAUGUAUUGGGACAGAAGUUAAAUCUCUGCCUUUGUCGUUCUCAAACCUCUGGAAUCUAGAAAUCCUGUCGGUGUAUAAUGAAAAAUCAAGCUUGGUACUAUUACCGAGAAUUUGGAAUCUUGUAAAGUUGCAAGUGCUGGCCACGCCUUCUUGUUCUUUUUUUGAUUUGGAUGUAGAUGAAUCAAUACUGAUAGCAGAGGACACAAAGUUAGAGAGCUUGAGAGAGUUAGGGAAUCUCAAGCUUUCCUAUUCAAAAGACACACAGGAUAUUUUUGAAAGGUUUCCCAAUCUUCAAUUCCUUGCAUUUGAUCUCAAGGAAUCAUGGGAUUAUUCAACAGAGCAAUAUUGGUUCCCGAAAUUGGAUUUCCUAACUGAACUAGAAGAUCUCAAAGUAAUUUUUGAAAGUUCAAACACAAAUGACAAUUCGCCCUCUGUAGCAACAAACCAGCCAUGGGAUUUUCACUUCCCUUCAAGUUUGAAAGAAUUGUCGUUGUUUGACUUUCCUUUGACAUCCGAUUCACUAUCAACAAUAGCGAGACUCCCUAACCUUGAACAGUUGCUCCUUCAUUAUACAAUCAUCCAAGGGGGAGAAUGGAACAUGGGUGAGGAAGACACCUUUGAGAAUCUCAAAUUUUUGAACUUGCAUGCAGUGACUCUUGCCAAGUGGGAGGUUGGAGAGGAAUCCUUUCCCGUUCUUGAGAAAUUAGUACUGUGGGGCUGUUCUGAACUUGAGGAGAUUCCACCUUGUUUUGGUGAUAUUUAUUCAUUAAAAAUUAUCAAAGUUGAAUAUAACCGUCAACUUAAAGAUUCCGCUAUGAUGAUUAAGCAAUAUGUUGAAGAUACUACUGGAGAAGACAAGCUUCAGGUCUUGUGAAAAUAUGUGAGUACAAAUGAAUUUAUUCUAUAUCUCAGUUUUUUCAAGUUGUUGUAAAUCUUUAAAGAUAUACAUUUGUAGUUGAGGUCUGCUAUACAACAUUUGUACUUAUACAUUUUGCUUUCAGUAGCCAUCCUCUCUGAUGUCAGAACACUGCUGCCUGACCAACGAAAUAAGGAGAAGAAUGUCUAUAAGUGUGUUUGAAGAAAGUCUCAAUUGAACUAUUUGUGAAUAUUAUGUAUAAAAAUUGACUAUAAUUUUUUUUAAAAAGUUGGAGAUUUCUUUCUGUCUAGUUUUUGAAGGAUACAGUUAUUUGACAAGUGAGGUAUGUAAAAUAGUAUUUUUAGGGAUGGAGGGAUUUGAACCCUCACGAUUUUUAAGUCAACGAAUUUUUCUCCUAAUAUAAAUUUCAUUGU